AUGGAGACGGCAGCUGCAGCGUUCGAGCAGCACGUGGAGCUGGACGAGGGUGUGUUGGCUACAUCAGCACCGCUAGAAAAUGGCCAGUUGGAUCGCGUCAUAUUGCAAGUGAGUGAGGGACUUGCCGGUUACCCAGAGCUGAGUCAGAAAGCGUACAAAUUACACACGCAAUUGAUGGAAGAAAAAACAAUUGGAGCUGCAUUUGCAAUCCAAGGAAUGCUGGAGUUACUAAAGACUAAUGUGAAAGCACUCGAGUAUUUCAAAAGUAACAUCGUGGGAGUUCUGACGGGUCAGUUGCUGCCAGUGCGUCCUCCGUUCUUCGGUGGCACGAUAUGUGAAACUACAGUAGAAGAAGCUGUGACGAAAAUGGACGUGAGUGCGUCGGAGACAGAGGUAGUGCCUAUGACGAAAGAUGAAAGAGAAACGCCAACUGAGGUGAAGCUGGCACCAAUAUUUGGCAAACAGACGGGCAGUACUUGCAAACGCUCUUUGGAGAAGACAACAGUGACAGAGUCUGGUGCAGAGGAAAAGCGACCCAAGGUGGGCAAGAGCGACACAAACAUGAACGGGAGCGACGUUGCUGCCCCGCCGCUACGAACCGAAUUAGCGGAGGAGACAAAGUAUGACUCUGAAGAGGCUAAGACCUGGGCUACCAACCCGACGUACACGAUUCCAACCCAGUGGGAGCACUUGUAUUUUAAGCAGGUGGAGGUGAUCCAUGUGAAUAACCGCCUUGCGAAGGAAAAAGUCCAGGCGAAGCGAUUUGCGGGUGAACCGUUCUUGCUAGAGGGACAUACUGGAUGGCUUAAGUUUGCAGACAGCUGGGUGAAUCCCGAUGGCACACUGAACACUGCAGCGUUCUUGCACGGCAUCCACGACGUGAAGGUGCCGGUGCUGGAGCACAACUACGAGGAGAUUGACCCCAUAAAGACCCAUUUGCCGCUAAGCUACUACGUGAAGAAUUACUGGGAGCAUGGCAAGUCGGAUUACUACCUGCACCAAUGGCAAUUUCCCUUGGACCCAAAAGUCGGUGCAUUGCUCUGUCACAAAAGCGAGGAGCUGCCAGUGCUCGGAGACAACUUGCUUUUGUAUUGGCUGGACGCGGUGCGUGGCGACAAUCCACUGCAGUACCUUUUCAUGGGCCAGAAGAGCACAAGGAGUCGUAUGCACUUGGACCCGGGUGGCUUGGGUAUCACUAUCGCCCCAAUUAUCGGCUCAAAACGUGUGACGAUGUUGCAUCGCGAGGCAGCCAAGCUAGACUCUGUGCACGAGUCCGUGAACUUUCACGACAUGGAUCUGGACAAGAUUCCUCAACUGGCAUUCUUGCCUGCAUGGCGAGUCGAUGUAAAGCCAGGGCAGAUUUUAUACAUGCCUGAAGGCACAUUGCAUGCGUGCGAGAACGUCACAGCGUGCUUGUCGUGCCACCGUUUCCAUGCUGAUACGGUGAGUCUCACUGGCUUCCUGCGAUCGUUUUUGGCGCAGGAUUCCCCAUCAAUUAAUCACGCCGAGAUUCUUUGGAACGCAGCACACGAUGUAAUGUCCGCGAUAGAGGAAAUCUAUCAUGCCAACAACCAGGUCCUCGACAAAACGGUCGCCACACUGCGCAAACUAGAUACGUUGCGUGGGUUGCGCCAUGCUUGCCGCAUGCUGUCCUUGGAACAAGUGUUGCCCACUGAAGACUCAUGGGACUGGAAAAAGCUUCUGGACGACAUCGACAUCUUGCUUGUGCGCGUUGAUUCUAGUGCCAAGUUGAACAAGAAGAAAAACUCGACCCACGGUUCUACGUUAACUAAGGCAGUGGCUGGUUCGAAGGGCGAAGAAGCGGCUGAAGCAAAACAUAUCAUUGAAGCAGCGGCUAACAAAAAGGAGCAAGCCAAGAAUAAGGCGGAAGCAACGGCUGCAAGUACCCAUUGGGAUUCGCUGAACCUAAAGGUGGGCGACAUUAUUGGCGUUCAGGUCUUCGAGAAGCGCAAUCGUGCUGAAGUGUUGAAGGUUGUCCACGACAAAGUGCUGGUGCAGAUCCACUAUUCCGACUGGGAGUCUAUCUACGAUGAGUUUCUGCCGGUGUCCUCUCUCUACCAGCGCAAGAAGGGGAAAAAGGUGGCUCUGAAAAAGACACCUAAGGUGCAGGAAGCGGUGAUGGCACGGUGGGGCAGCAAGGGUGAUCUAUACAACGCCAUUGUACUAAAGGUCAUUCGCACGAAUGCUUGCUACGUGCAUUACCUCAAGUACGAGAAGGACUGGGACCAGUGGGUCUUGCCUGGCCAUAUCUUCCGAAAGUAUCAUAACUCAUAG